CAUGUGAGCCGGGGAGCCGCAGCGCUACUGCCGUGAAAACAACACACCGGCACUCCUAACCUAGAUCUUUUUGGAGGUUCAGCCCGACCGGGUAAAAACAAUGAACACUUUGUGAAGAAUUGUUAUACGCACACACGCCUUUCAAAUGGCAGGGAGGAUGUGAGGCUGGUGAAUGGUAGCAGCCCCUGUGCUGGGAGAGUGGAGGUUUACCAUGAUGGAGAGUGGGGGACAGUGUGUGAUCGUGGUUGGUGGGACAUGAGUGAUGCUGGGGUGGUGUGCAGACAGCUGGGCUGUGGAGAUGCUGUAGAUGCACUAGGAGGCGCUCACUUUGGACCAGGGUCUGGGAGAAUAUGGAUGGCUUAUGUGUACUGUAGAGGAUCAGAAUCCUCACUGAAGCAGUGUCUGUCACCAGGAUGGGGUAUACAUAACUGUAAUCAUGGAUUGGAUGCUGGAGUGAUCUGCUCAGCUCCAGCUCCUCAAAUUGUCAGGCUGGUGGGCGGGACUGACCUGUGCUCUGGGAGAGUAGAGGUGCAUCAUGGGAGCUCCUGGGGCACGGUGUGUUAUGCUGACUUUGACCAGCAGGACGCAGAGGUUGUGUGCAGGGAGCUGGGCUGUGGGGCUCCUAAAGAGCUGCGUGGGGCAGCUGCAUUCGGCCAGGGCGAGGGCCAGGUGUGGGCAGAGGAGAUUCAGUGUGGAGGCAACGAAUCUCAGAUUUACUUCUGCCCCACAGCACCCUCACAGAAUCAACCCUGCUCCCAUGGAAACGAUGUGGGCCUGGUGUGUUCUGGGUACACAGAGUCCAGGCUGGCUGGCGGCCAUGACAUCUGCUCUGGUCGAGUGGAGCUGAAGUACCAGGAUACCUGGUGGACAGUGUGUGAUGCAUGCUGGGAUAGCAGGGCCUCCAAUGUCCUCUGCCGGCAGCUGGGGUGUGGGACUGCAGUGGCAGUGCCAGGACAGACCUGGUUUGGAAAUGGGAGUGGGCCAAUCAGCCACGAUGUGUUUGAUUGCCGUGGUAACGAGACACGGCUCUCACAGUGUGCGGUUUCCUCUUGGAGCCGAGCUGCGUGCUCACGUGAACAAGAGGCUGGAGUCAUCUGCAAUGGCUCUGUUCUCUCCACUCUGGACGGGACGGUUCGGCUGGCUGGAGAGAGUGAGUGUGGGGGCCCAGUGGAGGUGUACUACCAGGAGACCUGGAGCAGAGUGGGGGGGUCCUGGAGCUCCAGGGAGGCGUCGGUGGCCUGCAGACAGUUGGGCUGCGGCUCUGCGGUGCAGGUAUACAGCUCCUCUCCGUCUGGGACGGGGGCCAGUGACGUGUGUCUGACGGGGUUUGAGUGCUCCGGGAGAGAGUCUCACCUGGUGAACUGCAGCACUCCACACAAUCUCACCUGCAGCUCCAGGGAACGGGUGUCCAUCGUCUGCUCCAACCGCCGGUCCCUCAGGCUGGUAGGGGGAGGGGGGCGCUGUGCGGGGCGGGUGGAGGUGCUCCACGACGGUUCUUGGGGGACGGUUUGCGAUGACUCCUGGGACCUGGAGGAUGCUCAGGUGGUGUGCAGGCAGCUCCAGUGUGGGACGGCCCUCAGUGCCCCGCUACCCUCCUUCUUUGGGCCAGGAAAUGGACCCGUCUGGCUGGAUGAGGUGGGCUGUGUGGGGAACGAGACGUCCCUGUGGGACUGUCCCACAGCCAGAUGGGGACAGACUGACUGUGGACACAAGGAGGACGUGGGGGUCGUGUGUUCAGAAUUCAAGGAGAUGAGACUGAGUGAAGGCUGUUCUGGGAAUUUGGAGGUUUUCUACAAUGGCACCUGGGGCAAUGUGUGCUGGAAUGGGAUGGAGGAAGACACAGCUACUCUCAUAUGUCAGGAGCUGAACUGUGGGAACACGAGUAAAGUGUCUAGAACAGGACCUAGAGAGGAAUCUGCUCCAAACUGGCUGGAUCAUGUCCAAUGUCGCCCACAUGACUCCACUCUGUGGCAGUGCCCAUCAGCCCCUUGGGGUGAAAAUAAGUGUGAUAAAACAGUGGCUGUGCUCAACUGUACAGCGGAAGAGGAUGAGAAUGAGCCACGGAGCAAGUUGUCAUGUUCCUCAGCGAAAAAUCAGAGAUCUUGCACAAAUCACUGGCCCCUCCGGGUGGUGGGGGGGGCAGGCGGGUGCUCUGGGAGGCUGGAGGUGUUCCAUGGGGGCUCCUGGCGGUCGGUGUGUGGAGACUCCUGGGACAUGAUGGAUGCCCGUGUGGUGUGCAGACAGCUGGGCUGUGUGUUAGGACAGGGGGCUCAUGGUAAUGCUACUUUUGGGACGGGGAAUGGCACCCUCUGGCUGACUGAGGUGAACUGCAGGGGCACUGAGCUGCACCUGUGGGACUGCCCACACUCUGUGCACAGCAGCUGCCGAUCGCAGAACCAGGCUGGGGUCACCUGCACAGGGGACCUGGUGAUGGAGGACGCCGCAGAGAGCUACGAUGAUGUCAUCACUGCUGUGGAUGUGCACCCAGACAGUGUGGCAGGGGAGCUGGCCGAGGGAGACGCACCAGAGUACUAUGAUGACGUCAUCACCACCUAGCAGAGCCCGGAGGCUUUUUCAGCUGCCAGUGAGAUGGACUAUGAUGAUGUGGGGGAGGAGCCACCUGAAACAGCAUUCUGAGAUUUUGUGGGAGGAAGUGCCUGCCCAGCAGUUUGGAUCGCACAGCAUACAGCAUACACACAGCUAAAGGAAAAUGUUUUAAUAUAAAACCGCAUCCUCCUAGAUCAGCCAUUCAUCAAUGAGUAAUUCACCUGAAAUGAUUGACAGCAGGUUCCUUAGCUUGCUCAUGAAUCCGGACAUUGAAAGUGUUGGUACUUUUACACAUUGGAUAUAGCAGCUUGCCAGAUGAUCAUGUGAUUAAAUAUGAGACAAUGGAUUGCAUUUUUAGGUAUGCAAGAAUGAAAACAAUUAUCUUUAGCCUGUGUAGGCCUUUGCUUUAGAUGUGUGUGUAUUUCCAUCAAACCCUUUCAGUUGAGGCUGCUGUGUGCAUCAUGUGUGGGUCAGAGCUGUCCGUGUUGGCUCUCUGAUCGACACAUGGAUGUGUUAUCAGCCAGACAGCAGUGAUCCAGCAUCCCAACUCUCCUUGCUCCUCUGCAAGAUCACAUUUUUAAACUCUCCUUGCUCCUCUGCAAGAUCACAUUUUAAAAGAUGAUUUUAUUGUAUAUAGCUGGUGAGUUCCUUGCACUGGCUGCCUUGUUACUAUUCAAAACUAUUUCAUACUACUGUCAUUACUAUUAUUUCAUACGACGUUAGAACAGAACUUCUUUUCCCAAUGAUACAAAUAUUUUCAAUAGUUUUAGUUUCUAUAUUUCUUGAAGACUUACUACUAUUUCGUUAUAACAGAACUUUCUCCUGUGUGAAUUUACAAAUCUUUUCCCAGUGAUAAAAAUAUUUUCAAUAAUAGAAAUAUAUAUUUUUACUACCUUUUUAUAAAAUAGUUUUAGACAUUUAGAUUCUAUAUUUCUUGAAGACUUAUACAGCUUUUGAUUGACAGCAUUCCAUGAAAAUUCAAUAGUUUCACUAAAAUGCUCAAUGUAUUUCUGUGCCUUAAGCAAUACCAGUCUUUUAACAGCUGCACCUCAAUAUGAUAUGUUCAAAUAAAGGCUUAUAGAACGAU